UGGGGAAAUUCAUGCACCAAUGAGUUUGGAGGAAGGAAAGCCAAUAGAGGAAGAAUCUAAAAGGCAAAUGGAAGAAGACAUAGAAAAGCUCCAGCAGGAAGAAGAAGAUAAGGAAGGAAGAGGAAAGUACCAAACAAGCUCUCAUCUUCAUGAAGAUCAAGUCCUUAAAGAGGCAAGAAAGCACCAGACUGACAAUAGCAAUGAGAAAGGAUGGGAAAGGGUAGAAGGGGGGAUUGAGAGAUAUAAAAAAGAAGAUCACAGUGAAGAAGGAAGUCAAGAGAAACCUCUCUAUGAAGAGUCAGGGGAAGUUCAAAAUACCUUCCUUGACAAAAGAAACCAAGCCACAGCUAAGAGCACUGAGGAGUAUUCAGCCAAAAAUAAUAAAUUCUCUGUGGCACCUCCUGAAAAGACACAUAGCCAGGAAAGAAGCAGCGAAGAGAGUGAGGAGGAUAGUGAGGAUAAUAGCAGUGAGAAACGUGGCUGGGAGCCUAAAAAUCAACACAGAAGUAUAGAAUCAGAUGAAAGUGAAGAGACUGCUGUCUCUGAAGUGAUCAAACGUCAUUUGAAACCUAGACACCAUCACAGAAGAUAUAGACUGGAUCAGUCCUUUGAAGAAAAGAAGGCUCACUCUGAAGAAAGAAGAAACACUCUUGAGACUGAAGAAUCAAAAGAAGAUAAGGACCAUUUCUGGGACAAGAGAAACCACCAUAAAAACAGCUAUGAAGGCCUAGAGGAGGAAUCUAGUUAUCAUGAAAAGAAGGGGAAUUACCACAGGAACCGUGGUUCUGAUGAUCUUGAGAAAGAAAGAUAUAGUGACAGGACAACCGAAGAGUACAGAGAUAAGAGACACCGCAAUAUGGAGAGCCAGGAAGAGGAUGAAAAAAGAAGCCAUCGCAACAGACAAAUUGAAGAGGUGAGACAUCACUAUGGUGGAGAAAGUGAGGAGAGGAGGCACUUUGAUGAGGAUAAGAGCCGCCAUCAUGGAGAGAGGGAACAAGAACUGGGUGUUCAUUCCACUUAUGGUAGUAGAGAUGAUAAAAGGUAUCCCAGUGAAAGACAUUAUGCAAAAGAAAGCAACAUGGACAAUGAAAGGAGACUUUCUAGGGGAAAGAAAGAGCAAAACAGAAUCUAUUUGGACCAUGAUAAGAGAAAUAGUGACGAAGGUGAUAUAGAAAAGUGGCAGCAGAUAAAUGAAGAUGGUGAAAAUAAUAGAGAAGAAACAAGGUUUCAAGAAAAAGAAUUUGAUGCCAAUCGUGCAGAAGAGAAGAUGAAGAGGUUAGGGAUGUCAUACGGUCCUUAUUAUGAACCGCUUGGGUGGAAGAACAGACAUUUUGAGGAUAAGGACAGAAUGGAUGAUCAGUUUCCCAAGAACGAAGAGGAAAACAGAUCGAGCCUAAAUGAAAAGACUUUCUUCCCCGACUACAAUGAUUAUGACUGGUGGGACAAAAAGCCAUUUGUAGAAGACAUGAAUCAAGAGCAUACUGAGAAGAGAAAUCUUGCCAGCAUCCCCAAAUAUGAUCUGAAAAGGCAAUAUGACAGAGUCGAUGAACUUGCCCAGCUUCUCAAUUACAGGAAGAAGUCUGCUGAAUUUCCAGAAUUCUAUAACUCUGAUGAAGACAUGAGAAAACAUCAGAUGGUCAGAAAUGAGAAUGGUGGCCUCAGUCAGCAGCCUCUGACAGAGGAGGAGGAGAAGGAACUGGAAAACUUGGCUGCGAUGGACAUGGAACUACAGAAAAUAGCGGAGAAAUUCAGUGGUACCCAGAGAGGGUGA